AUGGAAGUCCGCCGGGACCCGCGCCAGUUCCUAUUCUUCAUCAUCCUCCUGCUCCUCAUCAACUCGCCAGAGCCGCAGAAUCCUGGCUUUAACACGCGAUCGCGCUACGACGAGGUCAUCGAACGCGAGUGGGAACAGCUCGAUAUUCUAAAUAGGACGGGAUGGGGGGACUUUGACGCAAAAGAGAAGAAGUGGCUGAAUGUUACGGGGCUGAGGGAGCAGGAUGCGUUUACGUGGGAUGUCUUAGGGGAUGUUAAGAGUAGGGCACGUGAAAGGAUGAAGGGCGUGUUAGGAGAGAGCGCACAGGGCUGGCUGGACGGAAGGAACGAUGAGUCCAAGAAGGAGACGGUGUAUAGGAAUAUCUCCGGCUUUGUGCAGGGCGAAUGGGUUCGGAGCCCUUUGAGUCGGACACGGCCCGCGCUCGAUCUGAUGAAUACAACUGGGAAGAUACACUUUGACUCGCAGCUCGGCGAGUUCGACAGAAACCUCACGGGGUCGCAUGGAAUGGUCAGACUGCAUCUUACGGAGGUGGACGGCCGACAGCGGACGGAUGACAAUCGGACAACGAGUGAGCUUAAAGCGAAGGUUGUUAUUGAGGAUGCGGAUAGUUGGGGGGAUAACUGGUGGGAGUUCAAUCUCAACGGGAUACACUAUCCAGAAUUUGGAGGCGCUGUGUUGACCACGACGAGCGAAAGCUCUCAAGAACUACUCAACCGGACGAUACACCAGACUAUACAGAACCAACUAGAACGGCCGUUCCCUGUAUGGAAUCCUUGGUCAUCUGCCGUAGAAGGCGCAGCUGAGGGAGUCAUGGCUGUAAGCCACUGCGAAUUCAUACUGUAUCUCCAAGAGGCUCCUGUACAGCUCAUUGAUCGACAUGGACAGCCCUUCAAACAACCGGACCUGGACUGGCUUGAACAUGAAAUUCGAUAUCCCACUGGCGCAAACGUUCCUCUCCACUCGCAGAUGGCCAUGGACAUGGUCGGUUUCUCUCCUGACUGCGGCUUCGUCUUUGAGUCGAAAGGUCCUCCAGACUUUCCACCUUCCCAAGCCAUGCACUUACGCGGUUCAAAGACCGAGGAGUUCAACGAUGACGCCAAAAGAAGCAUUCUUGCUUUCGCCGUUACUCUGGCUUUGCAGCUCAUGUUCAUCAUCAGGCAGGCCAAGGAAGCAGCAACACCGUCCACACGGAACCGGAUAAGCUUCUACACCAUCGCCAUGAUGGCUCUAGGAGAUGGUUUCAUGUUCCUUGCCCUCGUCUUUCUGCACCUGUUCCUGGGCACGUCGCAACUGCAGCUUUACACGAUUGCAUUCCUCGCACUGUUCUCGGUCGUGCUGGAACUCCGAUUCUUGAUGGACAUCUGGACCGUCCAGGUCACGGAGCAGCAGCGUCAAGACCGCCAACAAGCUUCCACCACACCACCAAGCCCGCAGCCUCCACCAAGCCCACAACCUCCAUCAAUACCAAACCCUCCAGCGACCACACCUCGCGCACCACCUCCGUCUAGUGAUACCCUUCCCGUCCCUGCAACGGCUAACCAACCGCAAACCACUCCAACGCCACCUCCCCCGGUCAUUGUCGCUCCAGACCAAGACGACCCGGCGGACGACGAACCUCUCCUCCCAACCACAAACAACCCAACACCAACCACACCGACCACACCGGCCACAACAACCACAACGUCUCCCCGCGCCGAACUCGGCGCCCUAUACAGCCGCUACUGCUUCCUCCUCAUCGUCACCUUCUUCAUCACCCUCCAAUUCACCACCAUGCGCUCCACCGCCCGCGCCUUCUACUUCAACACCCUCUCCUUCCUCUACCUCUCCUUCUGGCUCCCCCAGAUCUAUCGCAACAUCAUGCGCAACUGCCGCAAAGCGCUCCGCUGGGACUUUGUCCUCGGCCAGUCCCUCGUCCGGCUCGUGCCCAUCGCGUACUUUUACGCAGUGGAGGGGAACAUCCUGUUCAGUCGAACGGACGUGCAAGGUCUAGCCGUGCUGGCGGGCUGGCUCUGGGUGCAGAUUGUCAUCCUAGCCGCCCAAGAGGUGCUAGGUUCGCGCUUCUUCGUGCCGCCCUCCUGGGCGCCGCCCGCAUACGAGUACCACCCCAUCCUCCGCGAGGACGAAGAAGGCGCCACCAUGCCCAUCGGGUCCUCCGCCCCUAUCACAGACGAAGAGUCCACCGAGUCACGCAGCAAGGGGAGGAAGGUGUUCGACUGCAGCAUCUGCGCGACGGACAUCGAGGUCCCUGUUAUUCCGGCGGGCGGCGGCGGCCCGGAUGUGCAGGGCUUGGGGGGCUUGACGCUGCAGCGGAGAGCGUAUAUGGUUACGCCGUGUAGGCAUAUUUUUCAUACGGGGUGUUUGGAGGGGUGGAUGAGGUAUAGGUUGCAGUGUCCGAAUUGUAGGGAGGUGCUGCCGCCGCUGUAG